UGCUCCAUUGUUCACCGCGGAGCUAAACAAGCGGAGCUACUAAAAAAACCCUCUUCACCCCUUCACACUGCGCAAUUUAAACAACUGGACAGUCGUGGAUUUAAUCUCAGGGUUUGCGACUUGUUCUCGGCCAGCAAGUUGAAGCAGAAAUGGACGAUGACCAGCCUAAAACCCUGUAUGUGGGUAAUCUGUCCCGGGACGUGACAGAAGCCCUCAUCUUGGAGCUGUUUGGCCAGAUUGGACCCUGCAAGAGCUGUAAAAUGAUAGUAGAUACAGCAGGUCACGACCCGUACUGCUUUGUGGAGUUUUAUGAGCAUAGACAUGCCACUGCCACAAUUGCAGCCAUGAAUGGUCGGAAAAUACUGGGUAAGGAGGUCAAAGUCAACUGGGCCACGACGCCAACCAGCCAAAAGAAAGACACAAGCAGUCACUUCCAUGUCUUUGUUGGGGAUCUUAGUCCUGAAAUUACCACAGAUGACAUAAAAGCAGCUUUUGCUCCAUUUGGGAAAAUAUCUGAUUGUCGGGUGGUGAAAGACAUGGCCACAGGUAAAUCUAAAGGCUAUGGCUUUGUCUCCUUCUUCAACAAAUGGGAUGCAGAAAACGCCAUCCAGCAGAUGGGAGGACAGUGGCUGGGCGGCAGGCAGAUCAGGACCAACUGGGCCACGAGGAAGCCUGCUCCGAAAACUACCAACGAAACAUCUAACACCAAGCAGUUAUCUUUCGACGAGGUGGUGAGUCAGUCCAGCCCCAGCAACUGCACCGUGUACUGCGGAGGCGUCACAGCGGGUCUCACAGAGCAAAUCAUGAGACAGACCUUCUCACCUUUCGGUCAAAUCAUGGAAAUCCGUGUUUUCCCAGACAAAGGCUACUCGUUCGUGAGGUUUAACUCCCACGAGGCAGCAGCUCACGCCAUCGUCUCUGUGAACGGCACGACCAUCGAAGGCUACGUGGUGAAGUGUUACUGGGGCAAAGAGACGACAGACAUGGUUAGCCCCAUCCAGCAGGUACAGAUGCCGCAGCAGAACACGGUAAGCUUCGCGGCGGCUCAGCCCUACAGUCAGUGGGGUCAGUGGUACAGCAACACGCAGCAGAUCGGUCAGUACGUUCCCAACGGCUGGCAGGUGCCGAGUUACGGAGUCUACGGACAGACCUGGGAUCAGCAGGGAUACAAUCAUCUACAUGCUGGCGCCGGAUGGACAGGCGUCGGCGCUGUGAGUAACGGAGGCAUGGUGGAGCCCGGUCAGAGCGUCAACGGGACGGUGCUAACCAACCAGGCCGGCAUGGGCACCGCCGGCUACCACACCCACUGAUCACUGGCUGCACACAGUCGCCCUCUCCGAGCCCCUCUGAGGCCACAAGGAUGACACUGCUGGAGAGGGAGUGCAACACAUGCGCUCUCUCUCUCUCUCUCUCUUCGUCAACACACAAAAAAAAAUUAUACUCUUGUUAAGGGAAGCUGGUUCCGCCAUUUUAUCAACCUUUACCAGCCCCGUAACUUUCACCCACUGCCCAAAUCUGCAAGUGUAAAGAAAACCCAGUCGACUCCAGAUCACUUAAAACACUGUUAUAACAGCUAACUGCUAACGCACCUUUUCAUUCCUGGGCCCAUUUUUAUUAUUUGGUGUAUUUUUCUAAAAA